CAAUGAUGAAGCCCUCAGAAAAUGACAAAUCUCCAGGAGCAAGACUUCCUGCACUUACGGCUCCUCAGUUUGCAUGGCUGCGAAAGUACUGUCAGAGAAGCCUUCCAAAUCUUAACAGUUUCUUUGUCAGCAGUUUGCCUCAAACAAAAGAUUUUGGACAAAACCACACUUCUGUAGGGCACACCAAAUCGGAUGCAGUGCCCAAUACCAAUCACAUCCAGCAGAAUGGACAGUGGCUGAAGCCUGCACAGAGACUUGAUCCCUCACGAUCACCAAAAGCUGCUCACAGACUCCAUAAAACAAAAUCUGACAUUACUGGCAUGGUGCGGUCAGCAGAUGUGAUCUCCACUAACAAGGCAGAAAUGCUGCCUAUUCCUAAAUUUGGACUGCGAGAUAACUUAAUUAAGUCUGAGCUACUAAAAAAAGAACAUACCUACAUCACCAUCCAAGAUUUUCGGUUUUUUGUAGGCACAUACAAUGUGAAUGGACAAUCACCAAAGGAAAGUUUGCAACCAUGGCUAAGUGCAGAUGGUGAACCCCCUGAUGUAUACUGUAUUGGAUUUCAAGAACUUGACUUGAGCAAGGAAGCCUUUUUUUUCAAUGACACCCCCAAGGAAGAAGAAUGGUUCAAAGCAGUAUCUGAAGCAUUACACCCAAAAGCCAAAUAUGCAAAGAUAAAGCUGAUAAGACUUGUUGGAAUUAUGCUGCUGUUCUACAUUAAGAAGGAGUUAGCUGUUCACAUCUCGGAGGUAGAAGCAGAAACUGUAGGCACAGGAAUCAUGGGUAGGAUGGGUAACAAAGGUGGCGUAGCUGUUCGUUUCCGGUUUCAUAACACUCACAUUUGUGUUAUAAAUUCCCACUUGGCUGCCCAUGUUGAUGAAUAUGAAAGGAGGAAUCAGGACUUCAGAGACAUCUGCUCCAGAAUGCAAUUUCCAGAGGUGGAUCCAACACUUCCUCCUCUCACCGUUCACAAACAUGAUGUUGUGUUAUGGCUUGGAGAUCUCAACUACCGCUUAAGGGAUAUAGAUGUGGAGAAAGUAAAGAAAUUUAUUGAAAUUAAGGAUUAUAAAUCCAUCUAUGAGUUUGAUCAGCUGAAGCACCAGAUGGAGGAAAAAGCAGUGUAUGAUGGUUUCACAGAAGGAGAGAUAAAUUUUCAGCCAACGUACAAAUAUGAUACCGGUUCUGAUGAGUGGGAUACAAGUGAAAAGUGCCGGGCACCUGCCUGGUGUGACCGCAUACUCUGGAAAGGCAAACAUAUAAAGCAGCUGGAUUAUCGAAGUGUUAUGAGCUUAAAAACAAGUGACCACAAACCAGUCAGCUCUGUUUUUAAUAUUGGGGUAAAAGUGGUUAAUGAAGAGUUAUAUAGAAAAACAUUUGAGGAAAUCGUCCGCUCUUUGGAUAAAAUGGAGAAUGACAGCAUCCCUUCUGCUACACUUUCUCAGAGAGAGUUUCACUUCAAGGAUGUCAAGUACAUGCAGCUACAGGUUCAGACAUUCAUUAUUCAAAAUGAUGGACAAGUGGCAUGUCAGUUUGAGUUCAUAAGUAAGCUGGAUGAGCCCUCUUACAGUAAACAGUGGCUCCGAGCUAAUCCAAGCAAAGGAUUCCUAACACCAGGAUCAGAAGCACAAAUAGAACUAGAGAUGUUUGUAAAUAACCAGUCAGCUGCUCAACUUAACUUUAGUGAGGAAAUAUUAGAAGAUAUUUUAAUCCUCCACUUGGAUAGAGGAAAGGACUUCUUUCUCUCUGUGACUGGAAACUAUCUGCAUAGCUGCUUUGGAUCCUCCAUUCAAAUGUUGACCUACUUGAGAGAGCCUAUCAGAGAUAUGUCUCCAGAGACAAUCCAUAAACUGGCACAUAUGCCUCUUGAAAUGAAAGAUGACUUUGUUGGUGCAGAAAAAACAUUGGAUAUUCCAAAAGAGCUGUAUAUGAUGGUUGACCAUUUGUAUCGGAAUGCAUCUCAGCAGGAAGACAUGUUCCAACAGCCUGGAUUAAGAUCAGAAUUUGAAGCCAUCAGAGACUGUUUGGACACAGGAUAUCCAGAAUCUAUUCCUGGAAGCAACCAUUCUGUUGUUGAGGCCCUAUUGCUCUUCCUGGAGGGUCUUCCUGAGCCUGUGGUCUGUUAUAAUUUAUAUGAUACCUGUCUGCAGUAUGCUGGAGAUUACAGCAGCAGUAAAGAGGUUAUUUCCUCGUUACCACUGCACCACAAAAAUGUCUUCAACUACCUAAUAUCGUUCUUGCGGGAGCUGCUUAGCAACUCAUUACAGAACCACCUGGAUAUUAACAUUUUAGCAAGUAUAUUUGGAAAUCUUUUACUCCGACCUCAUCCUGACCACCCCAAAGUCGGCAACUCCGAGAAGAGGAAAUGCCAGGAAUUUGUUCAGCAGUUUCUCAUGCACAGAGAGGAUCCUUGAAUUGCCUGCCUUGUUCAGGUAUUAGCAGACUUUCAGAAGCCGUGCCUGUUAAAGGGUUUUGUGCCAUUCUUGAUGAUUUACAUCUUGACUAGUUGAGCCAUCUUUUCCAUAUUUUUACAGCUAUAAGCCUAUAAAAUUAUUAUUUUUUUAUAAAUGAGAAAAGAUGUAUUGAUGUUUUGACCAAUGCCACCAUGCCUUAAAUGUACUGUGUCACCCUUUUAAUGGCAUUUAAUGUGGAUAAAUCAUAUGUUCUAUGGUCCCAGGAUUUUUUUGCCAAGCAUUCCUUUUUAGCCCAAAAUACCUCAGAUGGCCUACUGGGUACAGUUUAAAUGAUUUACCGGUUUU